AUGCCGGCCAAUGCGCGAGUGACUCUUUGCUACGGACCUUAUGAAUCCAGUGGAGUGGUGCAACACAGAACCUUCCGCCUGCAGGGUCUCCAAGUCGCUCUGAGGGCACGUGGUCACUGGUGCAUCCUGAAAGAAACACAGGACUGGAACAUGGUGGAGCUUGUGGUCAGCGGGGAGGUGGUGUUCAGGUGUAAGAUAAAGGAGCUUGAGUUUGGUGGAGAUGGAAAACUGGAUCCCGUCUGCAGGGAAGCUGUUACUGCAGUGGAAAAUGCUUACUGAAGAUAACAGAACCUGCCUGUUAAAUUAAAAAUAAUACAUACAUAUGCAUUCAGUUUCCCCCUUCAAUCGGCUAAAUAAACUAUACAGACUGGAAUCACUUUACUGCUUUCUCACUGCAUGAAUUCCUGGGGGGCCCAAAUUUACCACAGUUACUCGACUUUAUAUCAGCAGAUGUUGAUUCUUUUCUUAACUGCAAAUUAACAGACUUUGCAUCUUGAAAACAGAGCAU